AUGCUGUCUCCGCCAUUAUCCACAGUUUCCUCAGCUGCAAAGGACGUCGACUCGGCGAAGUCCCUCGAUAGGACCGAGUCAGAUGUUGCGCCUCGAACUUCGCAGGUCGAGGUCGAGGUAGCGGGUGUCUGUUAUUCGCACCUGCCAUUCGAAAUCCCGGGUGCUAUAGUGUUGUCUGCCCCUUCUAUUUCUACCCUUCGAGAAACUGCGAACGAUGUCUACCAUCAAAUCAACUCCGACACGUCUUACUCGAACCAGUUUAUCAUCGUGUCAAACAUAUCUCAACAAGUGCAGGAGCUAAUAGCUGGAGAUCGAAACCCCCUUGAAGUGCCCUAUAGGUUAACACUCGAUACACAGCAUUGGCAAGGGGUCAUUCGAAUAAUGCCCUCAAAAGCCCAUAAGCGAGUCACGCGGUCAUUUUCAAACGAACUCGUCCUAAAAUUAUUCGAAAUAGGAAUUCAUCUAAGAGAUUACACUAUGAACAGCGCCUCCCGGUACCAUGGAAGAACAUGCGAUAAGGAAGCCGACGAGUCUCUUACUCCGUUAGGGAAUCCUUCUGAAGAUAACGACUGGCCUUCGCUCGUUAUUGAAACUGGUCUUUCUGAAUCAGAAGCACAACUACGAGCCGACGCAUAUUGGUGGUUCGCAAAUUCCGACUACAAAGUCAAUAUGGUUAUACUCUUUCGCAUCCAAAGAUCGCCCGAGCGCAGAGUCACCAUAAAACAAUACAGUCUUAGACCAACCACCCCUAGGAUCACCCGUGGACUACAGGCGGAGGCCCAGCGCAUUCUGCUAUCUCAAACAGACUCCCCAAUAGUGCUGCGUCAUUCAGCGGUCAAUGAGAUCGUUAUUACCUCAAGCGAUGUUAAGAACGCUCCGCUGGAACUAGAUUUCGAAUCCGUCAUGCGCCGCCGGCCGGCCCCUAACACAAGGGAAAGAAAUAUCACAUUCACGGCUGAGGAUCUUGCUGAGUGCUGCCGCCAUGUCUUUCUGGAAGCCUGA